AUGAGGUUCCAGUUCUUCAUACAUUUUUACUGCAUCGUUGCAGUACUUGCAGGUAAUAACGCAUUAGAACAGUUUAGAAAUGCAGGUGAUAGGCUAAUCACAUCGUUGAAAGACCUGGACAGUAAUGGAACAUAUGAAAUGCUGGCAAGAGAAGGAAAGGCAGUUAUUGAGGAACAGUUACAGGAUAUUGGUGCAAAGUACGAGCAUCGUAGUUUUAUAUUGAAGGGAAUAGAAGCGGUCCUAAACCGUAAAGCAGAGAUUUUGACGAAUAAUGGGACCGAGUCGCUGGAAAUGGAAUAUGAAAAAGUGGAAAAGGCACUUGAUGUGGCCUUAAAUGUUUCACCAUUCGAAUACAUUAAAAAGUUUAAAGAGCUGUCCAGGGCAAAGGUGGUCGAUGCCUUAGAAAAUCUUAACAGAGAACAGAAUCGAAUAACUAUAAGCGGUAAUGGUGAAGAUAAAAAGGAAAUAGAAGCAAAGGAAAAACGCAAACGUUUAGACAGGAUAAAGAAAAUCCUAACUGUGAGUCUGUUGGAAUUAGGGUUAGCUCAAGGUGUGGCCGAUUUAUGCGCAGUGGCACCUUUUGCUUGUCUUCUUGGGGUAACUGUUGGAAGUAUUGGUUUUAUAUUUUGGUUGGCACUAAUAUACAAUGCCAUUCAAUAG